GAACAAUGUGGUAGGAGGGCGUAGGGGAAAACACGUCAUCCACUUGGUUGCCGUCUUGUUCGAAUCCUCUUGCGACGAUACGAGCCUUGUACUUGUCAGGCUUAAGGGCAAAUACCCAUCUACAUGAGAUGAUCUUGGUCGUUGCGGCGUUCACCGGCAUGUACUCAAACACUCCCAGGUCUUCAAUCGACUUCAUCUCACGAUCCAUGGCUUCUUUCCAUUGGUCUGCUGCUGCUGACUUGAUGGCUUGGUUAUAGGUCUUCGGUAUGGUUGGCUGAAAUAGCUGUGGAAGUGAUGGGUCACCUGCGGUCUUGUCGUCUUUCGAUGGGUCUUCUGUCAU